AUGACAUGGAGAGUGGUUUCGGACACCAUCGGGAGUGGUUCGAAGAACAUUUGGAGUGGUUCGGAGAACAUUGGGACAGCUGGACAUCCUUCUGGAGGCUUCCUUGCCCACCUCGUCACGAGGCACACCAACUCCAAUCCGAACAUACCAAACUUGGAAACGACUUUACCAAACUGCAAACAACCUUACACCAAACUGCAGGGGGAACAUGAGGAGAAAAGCAGAGAGUUGAAUGCCUGGAGCACUGCCUACCAAGCGAGUCCUGGCCAACGACAAGAAGGUGCCUUCAUCUUUGAAAAGGAGAACAAACAUGUGUAUCGAGCAGCAAAGCUCUACACUGAGUACCACAAGCUCACCGACCUUGAGGAUAUGGAGGUGAUUGACAUUGCUCUGAUGGUGAUGCGGGCUGUAGUUUCAGGAUGCCUGAGGCCCACUCACUGGCUCUGGGAAUUCAUCGCGAGUCAGUUACAGUUCUUUACGGUGAAGGACUACCGUGGGCGGAGAUGCAGCAUCUUCUCUUCUCGUGUUGCUGAGUUCUGGUUUGAAUUGAGACCCGCUUUGGCGGUCGGGCUUACGAGUUUCUCGUCGGCAAAGGAUGGGCAGGAGUUGGGCGCAGUGGGCCGCGGAAGCCAUGCGAAUAAGACGGAAACCUGGUUCUCCCAUCACAGCGUGCUCAGCAGAAGCUUCGAGCAGAUGAAAGUCUCGGAUUGCGCUACCUGGCCGGCGGCAUUGGGGUUGAUGAAACCGAUUACAGAAUCUCGACUGUUCAACGUGGAAGCAAAGGACGGCUGA